UUACGUAGGUGUGUAAUCUUUUUACAUUACAGGCAAAUCUAUAAAAAUAUGUACCACCCUCUUCUUGCGCAAAUGUUGUGUAUGCGGAGUGUUAGGAAGAAGUGGCUAGCUUCCAGAGGUAUCCUGAGAAAUAAAUAGUGCGUCUGACCUAAAGAAGAACCCUAGAAAUGGCGAUGUCUUUUACGCGAUGGUUCGUAGAUCCGAAGAAGAACCCUCUGGCUGCAAUCCAUAAGAAAACUCUCAGUUCUAGACUCCGCAAGUACGGUUUGAGAUACGAUGAUUUGUACGAUCCAAUGUACGAUCUGGACAUCAAAGAAGCCAUGAAUCGGCUGCCAAGGGAGAUUGUUGAUGCCCGGAACCAGCGCCUCAAACGAGCCAUGGACCUCUCCAUGAAGCAUCAGUACCUCCCGGAAGAUGUUCAGGCAGCGCAGACACCUUUUAGAAGCUAUCUUCAGGAAAUGUUGGCCCUUGUCAAAAGGGAGAGUGCAGAACGCUUGGCUCUUGGGGCUCUACCUCUCUAUCAGCGCACACUUCCUUAAGGCAAUUUUCAUAUUAUUGCCUUUCUGCCAAUGGAUGCCAAUAAUAAAAAAAAAUAUUCUAUGGAAGAAUAAUUGUGGUACAUCUCCAUUUCAUGAGUGUGGUGCCAGAAAUUUGGUUUCCUUUUUUCAGUAAAAGCUGUCGAACAUUUAUUAGCUCAUAUUUUUAUUACCUCUCUAUCAGCGCACACUUGAGGCAAUUUGCAUAUUAUUGCCUUUCUGCCAAUGGAUGCCAAUAAAAAAAAAAAUAUUCUAUGGAAGAAUAAUUGUGGUACAUCUCCAUUUCAUGAGUGUGGUGCCUGAAAUUUGGUUUCCUUUUUUCAGUAAAAGAUGUCAAACAUUUAUUAGCUCAUAUUGUCAGGUAAAAGAUGUGCAAUGUAUAAGCGUCAGAUUUCUUUUUUUGUUGUUGCUAGUUUUGUACCUUCGUUCCUUUGGGCGAUGAACAUGAUUUUUCCAAACCAUGGCAAGUUGAAAUGAAACCCCUUCUCUUCUUUUUGGA